UCUGGCCAGAGUUGGCUGGAGCUGUUGCCAUGACAAGCAUUUUCUUAAGACAGCUCUUCUGUUGAGACCGUCCUAGGCUGGGGGUGGGGUGGGGGUACGAACUUACUGGGGGACCAUCCCUCCGAAGACGGCGAGGUCAGACACCCGCCCAGCUCCCUGCACCCAUUUUCUUCCAGGAAGGUCCUUCGCGUGGAAGGGCUGGGGAAGAAGACUCAGUCCACUCCCCCAGCUGUGGCCAGAGAGCAAAGCCAGCAUCACUAGGUGGUUUGCCACACUGGGGAGAGCGGUGGGUGGUCACCCCACCCUACUCGGUCCAUGGAAACGCUGAGGGAGAGUCCCGCUUGGAGACACCUGAAUCUUUGCUAGAAAGAGAGAGACCUAGCUGUCAUCAUUAUCCAGGGAGCCCUCCUCUUUCUCCUGAAGACACUCGCUGCUCUAUCAUCGAAGUUGCUGGUUGUUGCUAAGGUUGCCUCCAUGGUAACAUGCUUAUCCUGUUUACACUUUUAUAUGGACAAGUAGUCUAAGCUAGGAACCUAUCUACUCUGGACAAUUAUUUCCAUCAUCACCCAGAGGACACCAAUCAGCGUGACACCAAGUCCAUCUUCUACUAAGUUCCCCCAACUUCUUCCUCCUCUCACUAGUAGACUUGAUACAGAAGAAAGGAUCUAGGCUUUGUGUUGCUACUCUGAAGUUGGUUGCACAAGAUAUUGUCAAUUUAUCCCCUAUUUGGGCCCCAAGAGAAAAAAGAAGCGGGAAGAAACGGGGAAGAGAAAGCAAGAGACACUGAUCAGUUGGAGGGAAAUUCUACAUCUUCUCUGUUUGAGAGUCUGGUAACCGCAGGCAAAAUGACGCACCCAUCAACACACAACGUGCGAAGCAGCUCGGUACCUGAGAACUAUGAAGGGGAGUUUGGCUGCACGUUAAUGGACCUGAGAAAGCUCAUGGAGCUUCGUUCAGCUGAUGCAGUCGCCCAGAUCAAUUCCCACUAUGGAGGUGUACAGGAUAUCUGCGCCAGACUGAAAACCUCCCCUGUAGAAGGUCUAUCUGGGAACCCUCUAGAUCUGGAGAAACGUAGACUUGUUUUUGGACAGAACGUGAUACCUCCAAAAAAGCCCAAGACUUUCUUAGAAUUAGUGUGGGAAGCCCUGCAGGAUGUCACUCUCAUCAUCCUGGAGAUUGCAGCCAUCAUCUCCCUGGUCCUGUCCUUCUAUCGACCCCCUGGUGGAGAUAAUGAAAUGUGUGGUCAGGCUACAAGUGGCCCAGAUGAAGAGGAGGAAGCAGAAACCGGCUGGAUUGAGGGAGCAGCCAUCCUUACCUCGGUGAUCAUUGUGGUCUUAGUGACAGCCUUCAAUGACUGGAGCAAAGAGAAGCAGUUCCGGGGGCUGCAGAGUCGCAUUGAACUUGAGCAAAAAUUCUGCAUUAUACGGAAUGGUCAGCUCAUCCAACUUCCAGUGGCUGAGAUUGUGGUGGGAGAUAUUGCCCAGGUCAAAUACGGUGACCUGCUGCCUGCAGAUGGAAUCCUAAUCCAGGGAAAUGAUCUGAAGAUUGAUGAGAGCUCUCUGACAGGAGAAUCGGAUCAUGUCAAGAAGUCUCUGGACAAAGAUCCCAUGUUGCUCUCAGGGACUCACGUGAUGGAAGGUUCUGGCCGGAUGGUAGUGACUGCUGUGGGGAUCAACUCGCAGACUGGAAUCAUCUUCACCCUCUUAGGAGCCAGUGAGGAAGAUGAGGAGGAAAAUAAGAAGAAAGGUAAAAAACAAGGAGUCUCUGAAAAUCGCAACAAAGCAAAGACCCAAGAUGGAGUGGCCUUGGAAAUCCAGCCACUCAACAGCCAGGAGGGUUUCGACGUUGAGGAAAAGGAGAAGAAAAUAAUGAAGAUCCCCAAGAAGGAGAAGUCGGUGCUGCAGGGCAAGCUCACCCGCCUGGCUGUGCAGAUCGGGAAGGCAGGUCUGCUCAUGUCUACCCUCACAGUCGUCAUCUUGAUCCUAUACUUUGUGAUUGACAAUUUCGUGAUACAGCGCAGAGCGUGGCUACCUGAGUGUACUCCCAUCUACAUCCAGUAUUUUGUCAAGUUUUUCAUCAUCGGUGUCACUGUAUUGGUAGUGGCUGUGCCAGAGGGGCUGCCACUGGCUGUCACCAUCUCACUGGCCUACUCUGUGAAGAAAAUGAUGAGGGACAACAACUUGGUACGGCACUUGGACGCUUGUGAGACAAUGGGCAACGCCACAGCCAUCUGCUCCGAUAAGACAGGGACACUGACCAUGAACCGUAUGACAGUGGUACAAGCUUGCAUUGGGGGCACUCACUACCACCAGAUCCCAAGCCCUGAUAUCUUCCCGCCCAAGGUUCUGGACCUCAUAGUCAAUGGCAUUUCUAUUAACAGCGCUUAUACUUCUAAGAUUCUGCCUCCAGAAAAGGAGGGAGGCCUACCCCGGCAGGUAGGCAACAAGACAGAGUGUGCCCUGCUGGGCUUUGUGACAGAUCUGAAGCAGGAUUACCAAGCAGUUCGCAGUGAAGUGCCCGAGGAGAAGCUCUUCAAAGUGUACACCUUCAACUCAGUGCGCAAGUCCAUGAGCACCGUCAUCAGGAAGCCGGAAGGGGGCUUCCGCAUGUUCAGCAAAGGCGCCUCUGAGAUAAUGCUGCGCAAGUGUAAUCGAAUCCUGGACAAGGGAGGAGAAGCCAUACCGUUCAGAAGUAAGGACCGAGACGACAUGGUACACAGUGUCAUUGAGCCCAUGGCCAGUGAAGGACUCCGGACUAUCUGCAUAGCUUACCGGGAUUUUGACGACACAGAGCCCAUCUGGGACAAUGAGAAUGAAAUCCUCACUGAGCUGACCUGCAUUGCAGUCGUGGGCAUUGAGGACCCUGUGCGCCCAGAGGUACCAGAUGCAAUUAACAGAUGCAAACGGGCUGGUAUUACUGUCAGAAUGGUGACAGGUGAUAACGUCAACACAGCACGGGCCAUUGCCACCAAAUGUGGCAUUCUGACCCCCGGAGAUGACUUCUUGUGCUUAGAAGGAAAAGAAUUCAACAGGCUUAUCCGCAAUGAGAAGGGCGAGGUUGAACAAGAAAAGCUGGACAAGAUCUGGCCCAAGCUUCGGGUGCUGGCCCGAUCUUCUCCCACGGACAAGCACACUCUGGUGAAAGGUAUCAUUGACAGCACUGUUGGGGAACAGCGGCAGGUGGUGGCUGUCACCGGUGAUGGGACAAAUGAUGGACCUGCUCUAAAGAAAGCAGACGUUGGCUUUGCCAUGGGCAUUGCAGGCACAGACGUGGCUAAGGAGGCGUCAGACAUCAUCCUGACCGAUGACAACUUCACCAGCAUUGUGAAAGCAGUGAUGUGGGGACGGAAUGUGUAUGACAGCAUCUCCAAGUUCCUACAGUUCCAGCUCACUGUCAAUGUGGUAGCUGUGAUCGUGGCUUUCACUGGAGCCUGUAUCACUCAGGAUUCUCCAUUGAAAGCAGUGCAGAUGUUGUGGGUUAACCUGAUCAUGGACACUUUCGCUUCACUGGCCCUGGCCACAGAGCCCCCUACCGAUUCUCUGCUGAGGCGUCGCCCCUAUGGGCGAAAGAAGCCCCUGAUCUCACGUACCAUGAUGAAGAACAUCUUGGGCCACGCAGUGUAUCAGCUCACAGUCGUCUUUGUCCUUGUCUUUGUUGGUGAGAAGCUGUUUGACAUUGAUAGCGGAAGGAAGGCGCCUCUCCACUCACCGCCCAGCCAGCACUAUACCAUUGUCUUCAACACCUUUGUGCUGAUGCAGCUCUUCAACGAAAUCAACUCCCGGAAGAUCCAUGGUGAGAAGAACGUCUUUGCGGGCAUCUACCACAACGCCAUUUUCUGCUCUGUGGUUUUAGGCACAUUCAUCUGCCAGAUUUUCAUUGUGGAAUUUGGGGGUAAACCCUUCAGCUGUACAAAACUCAACCUGGAGCAGUGGUUGUGGUGUCUCUUCAUAGGGAUUGGAGAACUUUUGUGGGGCCAGGUCAUCUCUGCCAUCCCUACCAAGUCUCUGAAGUUCCUAAAGGAGGCUGGACAUGGCGCUGACAAAGAGGAGAUCACCCAAGAAGCUGAGGGAAUGGAAGAGAUUGAUCUUGCUGAGAUGGAGCUGCGCAGAGGCCAGAUCCUCUGGUUCCGUGGUCUGAGCCGGAUUCAGACUCAGAUUGAAGUAAUUAACACAUUCCAGACGGGAGCCUCUUUUAAGGGAGUCCUAAAGCGACAGAACAUGAGCCAACACCUUGAUGUAAAACUGGUUCCUAGCUCCUAUUCAACGAUCAAAGUGGUCAGAGUGUUGCAUAAUUUCCAUCAAGUCGUUCAUAAGCCCAGGAACCAACACUCCAUUCACCACUUCAUGACCCAGUCUGGAUACAAUGCAGAUGAUGAGUUUCCACACUCAUUCCAGGAUGAUCAAGAGGAAGAUGCUCCUCGGGCGGGGACUAGGGUACUCCUGUUAGAUGGGGAGGCCACUCCAUAUGACAACAAAAACAACAACGCUGUGGAUUGCAACCAAGUGCAAAUCGUCGCCUCCCAUUCCGACAGCCCUCUGCACAGCCUGGAGACAUCAGUUUGAACUUCCGUUAUCUGAUUCCCGUCCCUGCUUUCCCUAUUUCUCUUAUCAUCUAUCCCGUCUAUAAGGUGAUGAUGGGACUUGUCACAGUUAUGUCAGCUGCUCCUAAGUGUGUGAGAACCCCCACCUGGCCAUGAAGAAACAAGAACACAGGCCUACAAGGAUUCGGCCAAACCCUGGGCAGGUAAUGGUAGGUGUACUCCUUAGGUAUACCAGUUGUCAGUUUUAAAGAAAUGAUGACAAUCCUCCUGGCAUCACCCAACCCAGAGUCUCCACAGCGUUCCCACACAUGUCACCAUUUCCUGCCUUGGAGAUUUUAUGAGUUUCUGCCAUUUACAAGCUAAGUUGUGGGCUCAGGGAGAGACAAAUGCCCUGUGUUUGUGUUUCAGUAGACUGAUUAUUCUUAGAACAUUUUUUCCUAUUUUGAAAAUGUAUAUCCUAAGGCCGCUAGCUCUUCCUGCCCUUCAGUCUGACCUCCCCAAGGUUCUUUGGUUCUUAUAUGACACUUAUCAUCCUUCCUCUUACUUUUUUUUUUUUUUUUUUAAGUUGUGGUAAUUAAGAGAAUGGAAAGAACAUGGACAAGUUGAGUCGACUUUGGCCCCUUCUGGCCCCAAUAGAACCUUUCAUUUUGUUCUAGAAGCAGGCAGAUUUCUUUGCUAAAAUGGUCUUUUUUUGGAGCAAAUGAACUGGUGAAAUAUUUCCCUAUUCUCACCAGGUCAGCUCCAACUUCUAAAUGUCGAUCUAUCUUCUUGGGUGUGUCCGGGUUUUUAAGUGCCAGGGAAAUCAGCCAUGACCAUGAAGCUUGCAUAUGUAUAAUAUAUAGUUUUUGCCAUAGGCCUGAACUUCCUCCUAGCCUAAGGUGGUAAAAAAAAGAAUGAAUGGUGCAUGACCCUGUCUCCUAGCUGGAUGAGGAGUUUCAGGACCAACAUGGAGCAGGCCUAGGACCAGAAAUCACUGAAGCAGACUAUUUUCAAGGGUAUUUGCCAAGGCUCUCCCAGGGCAGGAGCUGAUUGUUGGGGGAAUGAGUAUUAAGAAGCCUUGGGAGGGGCUAAAGAACCAAUCCACCGGGAUCUGAGAGACCUCUCCACAGGCUGGGCCCCUGAGUGCCAGCUUUGACAUUCUCUUCACUUUACUAAUCCUAAGCUUUGUUGUGUUCCACAUUUUCCACCUCUAAGGAGGUCCCCAACUUUUGGAAAUAUUCCAGUAUUGAAAAUACACAUCCAAAAGAGGAGGCUUCCUGACAGUGUCUGUCAAGGAGCAAAGGGCCCUCCCCAGAAAGCUCCUGCCUCCUGCCUCCUGCCUCCACCCUCCUCGCUUUCACACACCCUCCUCUAGCCUUCAGCAUCAAGCGUCUCCACUGCUACCCAGGAAAGCCCGUGCCUUUUCACCCAGAACACUGCCCAACACAUCCUUUGCCCACCCACCUCUCAGGAGCUGGGAACGUCACCAAAAGGGACUUCGCCUUACUGGAACAAAGUGGAGGCACAUUCCCAGGUGCUCCAUCCGUAUCCCUGCUAUGCUGAUUUAAGCUUUUUUGUGCAGGUGGACCAAAUUUAUGUCCCCAGGUUCCAUCUCCCGUUACAUCAGUGAAGCCUGCCUCCCACUUUCUAGGGUGAUGGGAAUAGAGAAGGAUGCAUGAGGCUCGUGAGAACUGCCAGGUUUCCACUUGGGAGAGAAAGUCAAGAUGAACUUAUCUACUCCUAGCCUUUCUUCUGGAGAUCUUCCUCCCUCCCCACUUUUCACCCAAGUUGCCAAGAUAGGAUGAGUGAAGAAACAACCACCAUUCCACACCCAUUACAGCAUAAUCCAUCAUUAUAGGAAAUAGAGGAAAGGCUUUGAUUUGGGUUUUGUAAAGCUUACACACUUCAGCAGUCUUUCCUCAUGGCAGAAAAACAGCUCACUCAAGCCGUUAAUUACACACACACACACACACACACACACACACACACACACACACACACAUCUGUUUAAGUACAUUAGAAGAUUUGAUUCUUUCAACUCUUUUAUUACCUCAGAUCAUUUUAAAAAGCAAGCCAAUUACAAGCUCCAAAGGCCAUUUUACCAUCCUUGCUCCUAAGAGACUUUUGUGGUGCCUGGCAGGUCACUCUCGAGGGCUUUAUGUCUACUUUUUCCAAAGUCAAUUUUGUGUGUGUGUGUGUGUGUGUGUGUGUGUGUGUGUGUGUGUGUGUGUGUAUGUGUGUGCAUGUUCUAGUUUCCAUAGUAAGAGAGAAAAUAUAAAAAUAUUAUGCAAAAAAUAUAGUUUUCUUUAGAUCAGAAACUAAUAUUUUGAGUCAGCCAUAUAUAUAUAUAUUGUUUAAAGAAUUUCAAAUAAAGUGCCGUCAUGAAACACCAUAGAGGGGAGCGCACAGCCAGCUGUUUUACAGGACAGGUGUCUCAGUAUAUUUGUAAUUGGUUAAAAAAAAAAAAAAAAAAAAAAAAAAAAAACAAUACACCAUACUUCCUUUCUCCAAACAGCCAUCUUUAUAUUUAGGGGAAAAAAUUGUUGGGUUCUAGACUUUUUAAUUAUAAAUUUUGUUGAUAUGGAAUUGAGUAAGUUCAAGUGUUUCUGUGCAUAUGUUUUUAUAUGUUUUUUCUAUUCAGUUUCAGUGAUCCAGGUGGCAGUGAGUAACUAUGACAGAAGUUAAUAACAGUUUCCCCUAAAUGGUGCUUUGGAUUUGGAAGAGGUCUGGUGGGGAGAAAGAGAACAUAUCCUAGAGCUGUCUUUUGAUAAACCUAGAAAAUGGGUAAGAACAUGCAAGUAGUGAGGGAAACACCCGGAAGGAGGCUUCUCAACUGUCAGGACAUGGAUGUAAGCUGCCAUGGAGGAGUGCCAGGCUUGUUGGUAACCAGGGGUGAGGCCAGUUGGGCUUCUGUUUCAUGAGGAGUCAGCUGGCAGAGUGUUGUCAGUGACAGUCUCUCCUGGUCAGCAAGGGAACUCUGACAUGGGGCUUGUGUUUCUUUAUGCUUCCUGUACACCCUCUUUCCCCUAGAGUGACCCCAUUAGUGAGUUUUUGUGCAUGAAUCUGAGUUGUGACACCUUCCUAUUUUGUAUAAUACAGCAGAUGGGAGACUGAGCUCCAAAUUGGAAAAGAUAAAUACAGCAAUGACUGCUUCUAUCUCUGACUGGCAGUCUGAGGACUAGGUCCUUCUCAACAGCCCUUCACUGUCCUUUAAUGUGCUUUUCCCAUCCCAAAGGAUGUAAGGGAGACCAGCUAGACUUCCUCUGGGCCUGAGUGGAUUUCUCGGGUUUGGAAUUCUGUUUUUCUUCAAGCUUUAGGGAAGAGUUGCACAGAUCAAUCAGAGUGUUUACCUCACUGCCGAAAAUCCAGAGGGGCAUGCUAGCCUGAGUGUGCCUGGAUCCUCUCCUGUACCCUUCCCUUUCUUCCCAUCCCUCGCCUUACAGUUGAAGCUACCUGUGGUACCAUUGCAGUCCGCACAUCCAGUCACCUUCUACGUCCAGGGUCCACCCCAUGACACUGGUGGGGGUGGGCACUUACAAUGCCUGCUGUUCUGAAGCCAUCCCAGCCUCUUCCUCAGUAGACCAGACACCCUCCCUCCCCUACAUACAGCUCAGAGCCAGAACUUUUGCCUCCCCAGCUCUGCAGUUAGGCCUGCUGUCCCCUUUCUUCUUCUUGGGAGAGUCGAAGGGAGAUGAGCUCCCUGGAACUGAAUUGGCCUUUGGUUCGUGUUUUCUCCCCAUAUGUAUAUAUGCCAUAUGUAAAUAUGCCAUAUAUAUGUGCCAACAAAUGGAUCUAUGCCAUCUUUUCUAAUCGGCAUGCAGAUAGGAAUUUUGAGUUUCUUCUCAGUAACUAGUAUAAUGAGCACUGGUAUUUUUGUACAAAAGGAAAAAAAAAACAGAAAAUUGACUGUUGUAGUCUGCAUGACAGACAUGAUGAUAUCAAAGCAAUGUAUAUCCUAGUGUGUGUUGCCAUAGUUUGCAGUUCAUCUUAACAGUGCACCCAAUCUGUAUUUGCAUUUGAUAUUAUUUAAACUCUAUGUAUAAUGUUUUGCAUGUAUUUAUAUGGUUCUUGGGGAGGGAGGGAUGCUCUAAACUGACAAAUCUGUAAUGCAAAUGUAUCGUCUCACUGACACGGGAAGAGGAAGAGUUUUAAAAGGGGUAAUUUUUUUGGAACCAAUAAAGCUUUUUGCUGAUGAGCAGAAACCAAUGCCAUGCACUGAGAAUAAAAAACCCAUGCCCACUUGUAA